GGAGGCGUGGAAUUGAAAUGUUGACCUCUCAAAGCAUUUAUUGAGAGGGUUUUACUUUGGAGGUGAGUGAAGGGAGGGCAAUAGUAAUUUGAGGGUUGCCUUCUUGUUAGAACCUCUAUAAUUCAACUUUCUUUCCUGCCUUCCACACUUCACAUCUAGGGACAUGAAUGGUGAGCAAUGGACACAGGAAACUGGAGCCAGGUAACAGAAUUCAUCAUCUUGGGCUUCCCCCAUCUCCAGGGUGUCCAGAUUUAUCUCUUUCUCUUGUUGCUUCUCGUUUAUCUCACAACCAUGUUGGGAAACCUGCUGAUAUUCCUGGUGGUCUGCCUGGACUCCCGGCUUCACACACCCAUGUACCACUUUGUCAGCAUUCUCUCCUUCUCAGAGCUUGGCUAUACAGCUGCCACCAUUCCUAAGAUGCUCGGAAACUUGCUCAGUGAGAAAAAGACCAUUUCAUUCUCUGGGUGUCUCCUGCAGAUCUAUUUCUUUCACUCCCUUGGAGCGACUGAGUGCUAUCUCCUGACAGCUAUGGCCUACGAUAGGUAUUUAGCCAUCUGCCGGCCCCUCCACUACCCAACCCUGAUGAGCCCAACACUCUGUGCAGAGAUUGCCAUUGGCUGUUGGUUGGGAGGCUUGGCUGGGCCAGUAGUUGAAAUUUCCUUGAUUUCACGCCUCCCGUUCUGUGGCCCCAAUCGCAUUCAGCACAUCUUUUGUGAUUUCCCUCCUCUGCUGAGUUUGGCUUGCACUGAUACAUCUAUAAAUGUCCUAGUAGAUUUUGUUAUAAAUUCAUGCAAGAUCCUAGCCACCUUCUUGCUGAUCCUCUGCUCCUAUGUGCGGAUCAUCUGCACAGUGCUCAGAGUUCCGUCAGCUGCUGGCAAGAGGAAGGCCUUCUCCACGUGUGCCUCCCACCUCACUGUGGUUCUCAUCUUCUAUGGGAGCAUCCUCUUCAUGUAUGUGCGGCUGAGGAAGAGUUACUCACUGGACUAUGACCGGGCCCUGGCAGUGGUCUACUCAGUGCUCACACCCUUCCUCAAUCCCUUCAUCUACAGCCUGCGCAACAAGGAGAUCAAGGAGGCUAUGAGGAGGCAGCUAAAGAGAAUUGGGAUAUUGGCAUGAGUUGGGGCUGGGAGUACACCAAGGCUGAGCCUGAGGAUAUGGUGACCCCGGGGAUCAACAGUGGCCAGAGACAAGAAACCAAAAAUUCAGUGCUUUUCUAUGUGGGGUGGUGGAGCUGCAGCAAGUGCUGACUGACUUUCAGUGUUACAGCGACCUUCAUACUGUCUACUGGAGCCACAUUCGGUUUGAGACCAGAGAAGAGGGAAAGUACACAAUCCCUUCAACAUGAUGUGGUGCAGUGAUUUUCAAAACUCAGAUGUUUAUGGGUCAUACUUAGGAUUUUUAAAAAUCUGUGGGGUUUUUUUAGAUUUGUAUAGUAUACAAGUAUGCUAUACUUGAAAGGUAUAGUUUGUCACAGUUCUGUUUGGACAAGUUUCAUGUACCUGUCUUAGUGGUCCUAAUAUCUAUGCCCAGUGUA